CCCCAAGGGGGACACAUGAUGGGAACACGCCGGACUCUUCCCCAUCCGGGGAGGAAGUUGCAAAACAGGCCCCGCUCCGUCCCAAAGGCCAGCAACGGACCACGGACCGGUGAUUCCAAGGGCGGCGGCGGCGGCGGCGCUUCGGGGUCCUCAGGCCCGGGACGAGCCCCGACAAGAGCCCAGGUGCCGAAGCAGGAAGGGCAGGAGCAGCGCCCUCCCGGCCGUCCAGCCUCCGCCUCCGAGGAAAAGAGGGGCCCAGGGACCCGUCCCCUGGCCCAAGUUUCAAAGCUGGACCCACUUUGGGGGGGGGGGGGGGGGGGGGGGGGGCGGAGGCCUCUCGGAGUCCCAGCUGGUUCUGUUUGGGGAGAGAUUGGAGAGAUCCAGGUGGACAUCUCAGGGAGCUCUGUGACUCUCACAUGCCCUGCAGAAGAAGCAUCCUGGAGACAUGGAAAGGUGGAGGGAAUCGAAAAUCCCCUCUCCCUCUCGGAUAAUCUGGAGAAAGGACAAAUGGCCACUUGCAAAGCUGGGCAGAGCACCAGGGCGGUUUAUGUGAAGGUCAAAGGUCAGUGCCUGAGGGGAGGGGAGCUGGCAGGGGGUGGCCCUGGUCCUCCCAUCUUGCCACCAUUUUCCCACAGAAGAAGGCUGAAGGAUCUGGGCAUGAUGUGGCAAUGGAGCUCCCCUGCCCCAGCACUUGGUAUUUGGGGGCUGAACCCAAGCCCUGGAAGCUGGGAGAGAGGAGGGGGACAGGAGGCGACCCUCUUUCCUUCCUGCCCAAAAGUCGGACUCUCUGCCUUGACCGUGUGCUGGUGGUUUUUCCGGCAGCAUGUGAGGACUGCGUGGAGCUGGGCCUUGGGCUGGUGGCUGCCAUCAUUACCUCUGACCUUCUCAUCACCCUGGGGGUCCUCUGCAUGGUCUACUUUGGUUGCAAGAAUCACGCAGCCACCUUCCACGGCAGGGUUGGAGGGGCAGGCACCCACGGGCAGCCACGGGAUCAAAAAGUGGACCACCCCCCACCUGUCCCAAAUCCAGACUACGAGCCCAUCCGGAAAGGCCAGCGGGAAGUGUAUGCCGGCCUGGGGGCCCGGGCCUUCUGAGGGAGAUCCACAGCAAAUGAGGAGGAGGACUGUGCCCCAACUGCCCCUGUCUCGGCAGGCAGCAGCAAUGGACAUUGUGGGCAUGUGUGCCACCUUCCCCUUUGGCAUCAGUGCUUGUGUUCAUGGGUCUAAGUGAAGUGGGGAGAUGUAAGGCCACUUUCCCUGAGUCUCCCCUUCUGGCUCCUCAUUCUGCCUCUGGGGCCCUGGUCUACUCCCAGGAUGCCGUCCAUGGUCCUGCAUGUCAUUGCCCCCAAGCCCUGGCUGGGGUCCUCUUGACCCUGAACCAAAAGGGGGGGGGGAAACAGGGCAGAGAGAUCUCCUCUGGGCCCUUUCACACACUCCCCCCCCACAAAUAUUUGUGUUUUCCUUUGGUUGUGUUUGUGAGGUGUCCCAAUAAAGUUCCUUUUGCCCAGCA